AUGGUUAACAGAACACAUAAGGCAUCUCACAUCAACAGGGUCUCGAGGAACAUGAGAAAUGGCACAGCCAUCACAGAGUUCAUCCUCAUAGGCUUCCCUGGGAUCCAAGGACUGCAGACCCCUCUCUUCAUCCUGAUUUUUCUCAUCUACAUAUUAACCCUUUCAGGCAAUGGGCUCAUCAUUGCCAUUAUCUGGGCCGAGCCCAGGCUUCAAAUCCCAAUGUACUUCUUCCUUUGCAACCUCUCCUUCUUAGAGAUCUGAUACACCCCCAUGGUCAUCCCCAAACUGCUGGAAACCUUCAUGGUCACAAGGACAGUUACCUGCACCCGCUGCUGCCUGCUACAGAGCUUCUUCCACUUCUUCCUGGGCACCACUGAGUUCCUGAUCCUCGCCGUCAUGUCUUUCGACCGCUCCCUCGCCAUCUGCAAGCCCCUUUGCUACCCCACCAUCAUGACCAGCAACCUCUGCCUGCAGCUGGCCCUCGGCUCUUGGGUGGCGGGCUUCGCCAUCAUCCUUUUCCAGAUGCUGCUGCUCGUCCAGCUGCCCUUCUGUGGUGACAACGUAGAUCAUUUCUACUGUGACGUCGGUCCCAUUCUGAAAGCAGCCUGUGCAGACGCCAGCAUCUUGGAACUCCUGGGUGUCCUGGCAACCGUCCUUGUGAUCCCAGGGUCACUCCUCUUUACUGCAAUUUCUUACGGCUACAUCUUGUCCACCAUCCUGCGGAUCCCUUCGGCCACAGGUCACCAAAAGGCCUUCUCUACCUGCGCCUCUCACUUAACUGUCGUCUCCCUGCUCUAUGGUGCUGUUCCGUUCAUGUACCUGAGGCCCACGGCACGCUCCUCCUUUAAGAUUAAUAAGGUGUCGGUGCUAAAUACUAUCCUCACUCCCCUCCUGAAUCCCUUUAUUUACACCAUUAGGAACCAGAAGGUGAGAGGAGCCCUAAGAAAGGCAAUGAGUUGUCCAACGACUCGUCAUACAAGGGAAAUCGUGCAGCAUGUCGGAAUAAACUUAACACUGUUACAAAAAUUAAAUGUGAGAGGAGACUGUGGGGGGAGUCAGUAA